AUGGCGGCAGCAUCUCGGACCCCUGGGAGUAUUUUUACUACUCAUCUGAAGUUUAUAAAAUCGCAUCUAGCAUGGGGCGUUGUGCUGCUGCUGCUGGGCGCAACAGCGGAGGUGCUCUUGGGGGCUUUCGUGGUGAAGGUGGACGUCUCGCAGCCCGAAAGGGAACUGAAGCACUUUUGGAAAAGCACCGGAUAUUGUCCUCCUCUGCCACACAAUCGAGCUGAUCUGUUUGAUCUGAGUAAAGACCAGAUCAUUAACCUGGCCUACAUUUCUUCCGUGCCUCACAAGGGCAUUGAACAAGUGCGAAUCCACUGGCUGCUGGAACUUAUUCUAGUCGGGGUGACAAAUGGGACGCUUCACUACAAUUUCACCCACCUGGAUAACUUUAUGGAUCUUCUCUGGGAAUACAAGCUAAAUCCAGGAUUUGAAUUGAUGGGAAGUCCUUCAGGAUACUUCACUGACUUCGAAGAUAAAGAGCAGGUGAUACAGUGGAAGAGCCUGAUUGCACAGUUGGCCAAAAGAUACAUAGAGCGGUAUGGGUUGAAACAUGUCACAAAGUGGAAUUUCGAGACUUGGAAUGAGCCCGACCACCAUGACUUUGACAACGUAUCGAUGACAGCCGACGGAUUUCUCAACUACUAUGAUGCCUGCUCAGAAGGAUUAAGAGAAGUCAGUUCUCAACUGAGACUGGGAGGCCCCGGAGACUCCUUUCACCCAUUCCCCAAAUCCCCUCUGUGCUGGAGGCUGCUCAGUCACUGCCACAAUGGAACCAAUUUCUUCACAGGAGAGCGGGGCGUGCGGCUGGACUACAUCGCCAUGCAUAAGAAGGGAGCAGGGAGUUCUCUUCACAUCUUGGAACAGGAAACAGAAGCCAUGGGACAGAUCCAGAAGCUCUUUCCUCGUUUCACCUCCCUGCCUGUAUACAACGACGAGGCGGAUCCCUUGGUUGGAUGGUCGGUUCCCUUGUCUUGGAGGGCAGAUGUCACCUAUGCAGCUCUGGUGGUGAAGGUCAUUGCCCAGCAUCAAAACCUCCUGAUUGCUAAGCCCAACAACACCUUCAACUACACUUUGCUGAGCAACGACAACGCGUUCCUGAGCUACCAUCCCUAUCACUUCGCCCAGAGGACGCUGACGGCACGCUUCCAGAUGAACAACACCAAACCGCCUCAUGUCCAGAUGGUGAGGAAGCCGGUGCUCACCGUAAUGGGCUUGCUGGCCCUGCUAGGAGAGGAACAAGCGUCUGCUGACAUCUCCAGCCAGGCACCUGACGACUCUAACAUGAUAGGAGUCCUAGCCAGCCUUCACAAACCCGCUGCACCACAGCUGUCCGACAGCUGGCAGGCAGUCAUAUUGCUCUAUUCUAGCAACGAUAACCAGACAUCCUCCAACAUCAGUGCCGUGACAAUAAAUGUAACCGGAUACCCCAUCCACAAAGACCUCGUGUACGUGACUUACUACAUGGAUAACAACCUGACCAAUCCAUAUCAGCAGUGGAAGAAACUGGGAGCUCCAGCUUUUCCUUCACCAGAGCAAUUCCAGAAAAUCCGAGAAGCUGAGGACCCCGUGGUGAAAGGACCGUUUCCCCUUCCCGAAGAAGGCAGUUUGGUAUUGAAACAAGAGCUCCCUGUUCCUGCUCUCUUUCUCAUCCAUAUUUGUGCAAGACCCCUCGCUGGUCCUGACCAGGUGAGCGGUGUUCGCCUCAUCGGUCUCACGAGGGGACAAGUUUUGGUACUGUGGGAUGACAGCUGUGUGAAUUCAAAGUGUCUGAGAACAUAUGAAGUCGCCUUCUCACGGGGUGGGAAAGCUUACCAUCCGAUCAGCGUAAAAGAUAGCCUAUUUACAAUGCUGGUCUACAGCCCAGGUACAAGAGUUAUGGGGUUUUACAGAGUGCGUGCCAUCGACUACUGGGACAGGAGAGGCCCGUUUUCUCUGCCAGUAUACUACCACGAAGACUCUUAAAAAAACAUGUACUUGGCUGUUGCAACCACUUCCUUCCAGCUGAUGUUCUCAAAGUGUGGACUGUAG